AUGUAUGACUGGAACACGGUACGUCAGUCUCACAGCGUGUGGUUGGCAGAGCUUGGGCUCAUAACCCUGGCCUUGCUGCCGGACAUUGUGCUCCGAGCCUACACAGAUAAAUUUGGGAGAGCUGAAGACCCCAACAAUACCGUUUCGUGCCAAGCUCGUCUCCUAAACAUCCUCUAUAACUGUCAGCACUGGUCAAGAUAUGCGCCCUGGUUGAUGUUCCCUGGCCUGUCUCUAAUGGCUACGGGAGGCCUCCCGUUACUGGUGACCAACACUCAGGUCUCCAACCUGUUCCUAGUAGGAAGCUCCACUGUAGUCGGCCUUCUCUGUGGGGCAUUUGACACGUCCUCGGCUGUCAUGCUCAUAGUCAAGCUGGCCUACGCGGGGGGCUAUGCAAGACGUGACAUGUUCCUGAUCAUUGCUGGCCUACACCUGCUGACCCUUGUGAGCACGUUUUUCUUCCUGCCCAAGGACUUUAUUUCAAGGGCACAAACAAAGGCUCAAAGCCCUGAUGCGGUAGACGAGACAGAGAUGUCUGUGGAACGUCUCAGCGAUAGAAAAGAAAGUGCCCCUGCUGCACCGAGCCUGCGCAGCUGCCUGUGUAAGCCUGUGUUUAUCACCCACGUUAUUUGGCUUUGCCUACUUCAACUGCGGUUCUUCUUCUUCAUUGGCACGCUCAACCAGUACCUUAACCGUCUCUUCAAAGAGGAUGCACAACAAGUAAGUUACUUCACGAACAUGUGUUUCACAAUCAUGAUGGGUGGUCUCGUCACGUCUCCUCUUGCAGGCGUGGUGUAUGACAUUGUACGACGCUGGUGUCAAGAUGGUAAAUCGUCUGUCUAUAGAGAGGUUUUCCCCGCUGCUAUUCCGCAGGCUGUAGGCAGUUUGUUGGCGCUGCUACUGUCAGUCCUGGUGUUGCUGCCCUCGACCCAGGUCCUGUACCUGACCUUCAUCAUCAUGACAGUGUUCCGGUCCUUUUUGUACAGCAUGAUGGCAGCCUUCCUUAGUGUCGUGUUUCCAAGCGAGUAUUUCGGUCUACUGUUCGGCGUGACGGUAGUGUCUGGUGGUAUAUUCAGCUUUCUACAGUUUGCCUUCUUCACCUGGGCAGAGCAGUAUCCAGAGGCACCUCUACAUGCUAACAUACUGCUGUUGGUACUGGUUUGUAUUUCAUUCUUUCAUCCAUUGUACCUCUGGAUCACCUGCUCAAGGGAGGAGAAAAAAAGUUCAAGGUCAACUGAGGGGCAAGGUUGAAAUUUAAUGAUUAUGUUACUGUUGGAAAAUAAUGUCAAAUUUGUAUCUGUAUGGUAAAUGUGCUUACUUUAAAUAUUCAGUGUAAAGUAAAUUCUUCUGUUGUCAUUUUAUAAGCCUCCAUGGUUAUUGCAUAAGUGUAUGUAUUUAACACAAGUGUUUUUAUCUUUUUUUUUUUUGUCUUAACUGCAGAUAGUUAUUAUGUUUUAAGCGCGUACACGAAACUGCUAUUAUAUACUUAUUAUUAUAUCUUAUUCUAAGUAUGUUGUAAAGAUUGUUAAUGGGUUAUUAGAGAGACAGAUUUUGUUUGUACUUUUAAAAUUGUUCAGUUUAUAAUAUUAAGUAUGAAUCAGUAAUAUUUGGAAUCUACAAUAAUACAGUAUCAAACAAGAGUAAGAAAUAAAUGUUUGCCAUCUCAGUGGUUUUAAAUCUGGGUCCUUUUGGAGUAAAAACUAACUUGCUGCCUCUUUGCCCUUCAGGCUAAAGAUUGUUUUAUUGUGUUUUAAAUACUACGCAAGUUAUACACAUACAUUUGUUUCCGAGGAACAAUGUUUUGUAAUAAAUAAAGUAAGCUUUGAAUUACAUCCUUGUUCUUGUUCUGCAUCAGUUAUAGUGAACGUGCCAUAUUUUGUUUAGCUAUCUUGCUUGGUAAAUCCAUAUCUUCCUGUUUUGUUGUAGUAUUAUAUUUGUAGUAUUUUUAUACGAUGUUUGAUUUUAUUUUGAAGAUUUUAUAUAUUUCAAAACAUCAAUCUAGCUUUAAAGUUGAAAUUCCAUUCAUUAUUGUUCCUUUAAUUUUGUUUAGUAUGUUUAAUGUUUAGAAUUAUUGUUCAAAUUGUGUCAGCAUCGCAGCGGAAUUAUAAUUUAACAUGUUUGUGUUUUAUUCUAAUCAAGUGAAAUACACUUAUACCAUGUAAGGUUGCUUUUGUUUUGUACAAUUGCUGUAUAGUACAUGGAUCAAGGUAUUAGUAAUAGAAGGGUUCAGAUCUAGACUGAAAGGUGUUUAUUUGUCUUUUCUUGUGGUGAAUAGAAACAUGAAAUGAUUUAAGAUUCAAAGCUGGUAAUUCACUUUUUCAAACUCUCAAAAGAGGAGUGAACAUUAUUGACAGUUUUCUCUGUUCCACUAUAUAAUUACGUUAAAAUGUGAUGAUCGCAGAAAAUGCACUAACUUAACCAUUUUUUUAAUGUUUUUUCUAAGCAUCCAAUUAAAGUAAAUGUGUUUGUUUCAGUAGAUUUUUAGUUCUUAUCCACACAUGAUCAAAGAAAUACCUAUCACUUUUGUAUGCGCCACUCUAAAAAAUAUUAAUUUCUCGGAUCACCUAGACACUUGAGAUGUGUGCAGUGUACAAAAGUGGCUUUGUGUAGCUUAGUAACUGUGUAGUGUAGUAUAGUGACUUUAUAGUGUAGCAUAGUAACUUUGUAGUGUAGUAUAGUGACUGUAUAGUGUAGCAUAGUAACUGUGUAAUGUAGUUUAGUGACUUUAUUGUUUAGCAUAGUAACUGUGUAGUGUAGUAUAAGCUGUUGUAGUGUCAAACAGUAACAGUUAAGUGUAUUGUGGGGCCUUUAUUUGGCCUCAUUUCAGACCCAAAAAGUAUACAUUAGUCCUAUAUGACUGUCAAAAAUUCCUUAUUGAAUGUUAACAUUUUUUGGUUCAUUGUAACAUUCAGUUCAUCUCCAUAUCUAGCUGCAUGAGUUAAAUUUUAGUUUAUAUAAUAUUAAAAACACGUUUAUUUUUAAAUUUUAUAGUAUUUGUUAUAAAAAAAAACAUCAUCAGUGUCCCACUUUAAGUAAAAAUGAUGCGAUUUUUUACCAAUCAAAAUUGGCCAGGCCCUAGUCCCAAAUUGGUAAAACAACAACACUUCAGUAUUGUGUUCCAUAGUGACUAAUGGUAAGAGAAGUGGUACUGCAAAUCUAAGAAUGUCUGGCAGCUGGUAGAGGUUCUUUUCUCGUUGCAUGUGAGUUUUGUUCGAGGUCACCAAACUGGACUAAUGAGAUUGCCUCUGCCAAACAUGACAAUACCUUAUACAAUUUCCAACUAUUAAAUCGCCACAUUGAUGCCAAAAGGUCCAAUGUGCCAUUUAUAUUUAAUAGCAAAUGGUCCCUUUACUUAAUAUGGUUUAGCUAUAGGCAGGUUGUCAAUGCACAUCUCUGGACCUAAUGUAAAACAGCUUUAGCAGAAAGGGACCUUAAACAUUGAAAAACAUAGACUGGAUGACAAGAUAUUGUUGUGAUUUUAUUUCAUCAAUUUUAUAAGUAGAGUAUUUUUACCAGCAAGUUAUAAUUGACACCUUUUCACAUUCCAAUUAAAAUAUUGUGUUUUUUCACUGUUAAAUGCGGGAAACAGCAAAAGACAACAACAGACAAACACACGAUUUUUUAUUGUUUGGAGAAGUGCCCUUUAAAACGUCCUUGGGAGAAGCAUUGCUUGUUAAAGUUCAAUGAUUUUGAAUCAGAGGUGCUGCACUGGUAUUGGUUGAUGUUUUGAUAUGGAAUAGAUUUUUGUUAAAAGUGUUUUGUUAUGAUUUGAGAUUUGUAAAUGCUUUGUGAGAAUUCGACAUUCAGAAUCAAAAGAAACAUUGUAUAUUGUUCUAGGUUAUUGAAUUGAAAUGCUGCUAAAUUAUAUUGCUAUAUUUAA